AGAGAGAAACUAGAAACAGCAACACCGCCAUUCCCAAACCCCUACUUCGAUCACACGAAGCCCUAGAAAACGCUCUCUCUCUCUUUCCCCAUGAAAAUGCCCCUAAUUACACCCCUAGCUCGCACUCAUCAUUCCCUCUGAAUCACUCAAUUCUCAAAUCCAAAAACUCUAGGGUUUGUCUCUGCUGCUCCGUUCACGAAGAUGUCUCUUCCGCCUGUUGAGUGUGUAUACGUCACAGAGGACUGUAUUCGAGAAUGGAAGAAUGGAAACCUUAGCUUCAAGGUUCCGAACCCGGUCCCAAUGCUACGUUUUCUCUACGAGCUUUGUUGGACUACGGUUCGAGGUGAAUUGCCAUUUCAGAAGUGUAAAUCGGCGUUGGAUUCGGUUGAGUUUUUGGAUAAAGCUUCAGAUGAAGAGAUGGGUUCGAAUUUCGCUGAUAUUGUUGCCCAGAUGGCUCAAGAUCUUACAAUGCCUGGGGAGUAUCGUGCUCGUCUAAUUAAAUUGGCAAAGUGGCUGGUUGAAUCUGCGCUGGUCCAACUGAGGAAUUUUCAGGAGCGCUGUGAGGAAGAAUUUUUGUGGGAGUCUGAAAUGAUCAAGAUAAAGGCUGCAGAUUUGAAGUCAAAAGAGGUCAGGGUCAACACUCGUCUUCUUUAUCAGCAAACAAAAUUUAACCUUCUCCGAGAAGAGUGUGAGGGCUAUGCAAAGCUGGUUACCCUUCUUUGUCGGGGUUCUGAAGCUUCAACUCAAAAUGCAUCAGCGGCAACAGUUGGCAUUAUUAAGUCAUUAAUUGGACAGUUUGAUCUGGAUCCGAACCGCGUGUUUGAUAUUGUUUUGGAGUGUUUUGAACUUCAACCAGAUAACGAUGUCUUCUUGGACCUGAUUCCCAUUUUUCCUAAGUCUCAUGCUUCACAAAUUCUUGGCUUCAAGUUUCAAUACUAUCAGCGUAUGGAAAUCAACUGUCCAGUACCAUUUGGGCUCUAUAAGCUUGCAGCUUUGCUUGUGAAGGAAGACUUCAUUGAUCUUGAUGGCAUAUAUGCACAUUUACUUCCCAAGGAUGAUGAGGCAUUUGAGCAUUAUAAUAUUUUUUCUGCUAAACGACUUGAUGAGGCUAAUAAAAUUGGCAAAAUAAAUCUUGCUGCUACUGGAAAGGAUCUUAUGGAUGAUGAGAAGCAAGGAGAUGUGACAAUAGAUCUUUUUACUGCUUUGGACUUGGAAACUGAAGCAGUUGCUGAACAGUCUUCGGAGCUCGAAAAUAAUCAAACUUUGGGCUUGCUUACUGGAUUUCUUGCAGUGGAUGACUGGUAUCAUGCCCAUACACUAUUUAAGCGGCUCUCACCUCUUAAUCCAGUGGCGCAUAGUCAAAUUUGUGAUGGAUUGUUCAGGCUCAUUGGAAAAGCAAUCUCUUCAGCUUAUAAACUUGUUCGUCAAACACAUCUAUAUCCUCCGGGAGCUGGUAGUGAUUCGAUGGAGCCAUCAAAUUCAUUAGUUCAUAGAUCUUUUAUUGAUCUUCCCAAAGAGCUUUUUGAGAUGCUUACAUCUGCUGGACCUUAUCUUUAUCGUGACACUUCAUUGCUGCAGAAGAUUUGUAGAGUAUUACGUGGCUACUACAUUUCUGCAUUUGAGCUUGUCAAUGUGGGUGAAGGAGCUUUUAGUCCUGACAGUGACAUUGGUGGAAAUCGAAAUCCUCGUCUGCACCUAAAAGAAGUUAGGUUAAGGAUUGAGGAAGCUCUAGGAACAUGUCUACUUCCUUCUUUACAGUUAAUACCUGCAAAUCCGGCAGUUGGGCAGGAGAUUUGGGAAGUGAUGAAUCUCCUUCCAUAUGAGGUGCGCUAUCGUUUAUAUGGUGAAUGGGAAAAAGAUGAUGAGCGCAUUCCAAUGGUUUUGGCUGCAAGGCAAACAGCAAAGUUAGACACUAGAAGGAUCUUGAAAAGGCUAGCUAAAGAAAAUCUGAAGCAGCUGGGUCGAAUGGUUGCAAAACUAGCUCAUGCCAAUCCAAUGACUGUUCUUCGGACGAUUGUCCAUCAGAUAGAGGCGUACAGAGAUAUGAUUACUCCGGUUGUAGAUGCAUUCAAGUAUUUGACACAGCUCGAGUAUGAUAUUUUGGAGUAUGUUGUGAUUGAGCGCUUGGCACAAGGUGGGCGUGAGAAGCUAAAAGAUGAUGGCCUUAAUUUGUCAGAUUGGCUUCAAUCUUUGGCUUCAUUUUGGGGUCACUUGUGUAAGAAAUACCCAUCGAUGGAACUGAGGGGUCUUUUCCAGUAUCUUGUGAAUCAGUUGAAAAAGGGGAAUGGAAUUGAGCUUCUUCUCCUGCAGGAGCUUAUCCAGCAAAUGGCAAAUGUCCAAUAUACAGAGAACAUGACUGAGGAACAGUUGGAUGCCAUGGCUGGGAGUGAGACUCUCCGGUAUCAGGCUACUUCUUUUGGGAUAGCAAGAAACAACAAGGCGUUGAUCAAAUCCACUAACAGGCUAAGGGAUUCAUUACUUCCGAAGGAAGAACCAAAGUUGGCACUUCCCCUUCUGUUGCUUAUUGCUCAGCAUCGUUCUGUGGUUGUCAUAAACGCACAUGUGCCUCACAUUAAGGUGGUUAGUGAGCAGUUUGAUAGAUGCCAUGGAACCCUUCUUCAGUAUGUGGAGUUCCUUUGUAGUGCAUUAACACCGACAGCCUCUUAUGCACAGCUAAUUCCCCAUCUUGAUGAUCUUGUACAUCUGUACCACCUUGAUCCUGAGGUGGCCUUUCUGAUUUAUCGACCUGUAAUGAGGCUGUUCAAUUGUCAGAUUAAUUCUGAGGUCUUCUGGCCUUUAGAUUACAGUGAAUCUUCAAAUUCCUCAAUUGCAGAAAAGGAGUCUGAACCUACAGAUUCAUUUGACAAAUUGGUUCUGGAUCUCGGAUCUUCUCGGAAGGCUAUUAUGUGGUCAGAUCUUCUUGAUAUUGUUAGAACAAUGUUGCCUUCAAAAGCAUGGAAUAGCCUCUCUCCUGAUUUAUAUGCUACUUUUUGGGGUCUCAAUCUCUAUGAUCUUUAUGUUCCUAGAAACCGCUACGAGUCUGAAAUUGCCAAGCAGCAUGCCGCUCUGAAAGCCCUGGAAGAACUUUCUGAUAAUUCAAAUUCGGCAAUAACUAAGAGGAAGAAAGACAAGGAAAGAAUUCAAGAAUCUCUAGAUCGUCUUACUAGUGAGCUUCAGAAGCAUGAAGAAAAUGUUGCAUCUGUUCGUAGACGGCUUGCUCGUGAAAAGGAUAAAUGGUUGAGUUCCUGCCCUGAUACUUUAAAGAUUAACAUGGAGUUUCUUCAGCGCUGUAUUUUUCCACGCUGUACUUUCAGUAUGCCAGAUGCUGUUUAUUGUGCCAUUUUUGUACAUACUCUCCAUUCUUUAGGAACACCAUUUUUUAAUACUGUGAACCACAUUGAUGUUCUGAUAUGUAAAACCUUGCAACCUAUGAUAUGCUGCUGCACCGAGUAUGAAGUGGGUCGACUUGGGAGGUUUUUAUAUGAGACGUUGAAGAUUGCAUACCAUUGGAAGAGUGAUGAAUCAAUAUAUGAACGUGAGUGUGGAAACAUGCCAGGCUUUGCGGUCUAUUAUAGAUAUCCAAACAGUCAGCGUGUUACAUAUAGCCAGUUUAUUAAGGUACACUGGAAAUGGAGUCAAAGGAUCACGAGGUUACUCAUUCAGUGCUUGGAAUCAGCUGAAUACAUGGAAAUUCGAAAUGCACUUAUAAUGUUGACAAAAAUUUCUAGUGUUUUCCCAGUAACUCGAAAGUCUGGGAUCAACCUUGAAAAACGGGUAGCUAAAAUUAAAAGUGAUGAAAGGGAGGAUCUCAAGGUGUUGGCAACAGGAGUUGCUGCAGCUUUGGCAUCUAGAAAGCCUUCAUGGGUUACUGAAGAAGAAUUCGGCAUGGGCUAUCUUGAACUAAAGCCUGCACCAUCGCUUGCUUUAAAGUCUCUAGCUGGUAAUUUAGUUGGUGUGCAAAAUGGUUCUGGCAUUAAUGUUUGUCACAGUGAACCUGCCGGAGGAAGAAUUGUUUCUACAGGAAGCCAACAUACAGAUUCUGGAAAUGCUUUUAAAGACCAGGUGUUGCGAACAAAGCCUGUGGAUGGGAGGUUGGAAAGAACAGAAAGUUCUUCACUGAAAUCUGAUUCCGGACAUGUAAAACUAAAAGGUAGCUUGUUAGCAAAUGGGUCAGAUCUUCAGUCAUCCUUACCCUCUGCUGCUGUACAAGCUGGGACAUCCAAAUCAACAGAAAAUCAGAAGCAGAUGGAUGAAUCCACAAAUAGAACAUUGGAUGACAAUGUCACAAAAGUUACGUCAAAAACACCCUCAGAAUCUGAGGCGAGAGCUCCAGUAAAACGGUCAGUGCCUACUGGAUCUCUUUUGAAGCAACCAAAACAAGAUAUUUCAAAAGAUGAAAGUAAAAGUGGAAAAGCCGUUGGAAGAACAUCAGGUUCUUCCACCAGUGAUAAAGAACUUCCUACUCAUCAAUUUGAAGGCAGGCAAGGUGGAACUGUUAAUGUUUCUUCUGCAGUUUCAUCCAAUGGUAAUACUACAGCUUUGGUUAAAAUCUCAAGUCAAUCUAUAAAAUCAUUAGAUAGUCAUAGCAGUGAACCGAAGGCAGAGAGUGGAGCUGCAAAAUCUUCUGAUUUGAGAGUGUCUGCUGUAAAAGAUGAUGUCAUUGAGGUUUCUGAUGUACAAAGAGCUCCUUCUCGAUCAGUUCAUUCUCCUAGACAUGACAACUCUGUUACAGCUUCUAAAUCUGGCGAUAAGCCACAAAAGAGAGCCAGCCCUGCUGAAGAAUUGGAUGGAGUAAAUAAACGUCGGAAAGGGGAUGUUGAGUCAAGAGAUUUAGAGGGUGAAGUGCGAUUCUCUGAUAGAGAAAGGUCUGUAGAUCACCGAAUAAUAGACAAACAUUAUCCUAUUGAUCUUGAAAAAUCAGGGUCUGAUGAGGUAAUUAUCAGUAGGGCAAUAGAUAAGCCUCUGGAUAGGUCAAAAGAUAAGGGCAGUGAAAGACAUGACAGGGACUACAGGGAAAGAUUGGAACGUCCUGAAAAGUCUCGUGGAGAUGAUAUUCUAUAUGAAAAAUCCAGGGAUAGGUCAAUGGAAAGGUAUGGAAGAGAGCGCUCAACAGAAAGAGUGCUAGAGAGAGGUGCUGAUAGGGGGUUUGAUAGGCUUACAGAAAAAGCUAAGGAUGAAAGGAACAAAGAAGACAGAAGUAAAUUGCGUUAUAAUGAAACAUCUUCGGAAAAAUCUUAUGUUGAUGAUAGAUUCCAUGGGCAAAACUUGCCUCCACCACCGCCAUUACCUCCUCAUGUGGUCCCCCAAUCAGUUAAUGCCAGUAGAAGAGAUGAAGAUUCUGAUAGAAGGUUUGGAACUGCCAGACAUACUCAAAGACUUUCCCCAAGGCAUGAAGAUAGAGAGCGGAGACGAUCUGAGGAGAAUACCUUAGUUUCUCAGGAUGAUGCAAAACGCAGAAGAGAAGAUGAUUUUCGAGAUAGAAAGAGGGAAGAAAGAGAGGGGCUGUCAAUGAAGGGGGAGGAGAGGGAGAGGGAGAGGGAGAGAGAGAAAGCAAACCUUUUGAAGGAGGAUAUGGAUCCAGGUGCUAAGAGGCGGAAACUCAAAAGGGAGCAUAUGGCAUCAGAAGCUGGUGAGUACUUACCUGCAGCUCCACCAGCUCCUCCCCUUACCAUUAAUAUGUCACAACCAUAUGAUGGAAGAGAAAGGGGUGACCGGAAGGCGGCCAUGGUCCAGCGUCCAGGUUACUUGGAGGAAGCAGGUCCCAGGAUACAUGGUAAAGAAGCAACUAGCAAGAUAACCCGUCGUGAGACAGACCAGAUAUAUGACAGAGAAUGGGAGGAUGAGAAAAGGCAGAGAGCUGAACCAAAGAGGAGGCACCGGAAAUAGGGCUUUGAGGGAAAUCAAAAUAUUUCUUCCCAUCUGUUUUGAGGAUCUCACCAAGUUAUGCCAGAUACUUGUUCCAUCUCGUUGCUGAUAUAUUAUAUUUUAACGGCAAGCAAACUUGAGGGUUCCCAUCUCCUUACACUCGUUUAUUUGACUUGCCCUUUCUUUCUGGCAGUACUGUGUUGAUGGUUCAUUGAUAGGGUGAUUAAUUGGCAGGUCGUCAAUGUGAUUCGUGACCUGAUCAUUGUAUUACCAGUUGUAAAUUUUGAGCAGUCAUAAUACAUGUAAUAUACUGGAUAUUUGAUUCUUAAAGUGGAAGUUACUGAAUUUUAGCAGAUAUGUAAAGGGAAACUUUUACGUUGUCA